AAAUGUAGCGCGGCGGCGCUGGCCGGCAGCUCUCUCCGAGGGGCUGCGGAGCGGCCAUGCAGUUCCCGCACCCGGGGCCCGCGGCUGCGCCCGCCGUGGGAGUCCCGCUGUACGCGCCCACUCCGCUGCUGCAGCCCGCUCACCCGACGCCCUUCUACAUCGACGACAUCCUGGGUCGCGGGCCUGCCGCCCCCACGCCCACUCCCACGCUGCCGUCCCCCAACUCCUCCUUCACCAGCCUCGUGUCCUCCUACCGGACCCCGGUGUACGAGCCCACGCCGGUCCACCCCGCCUUCUCGCACCACCCCGCCGCCGCGCUGGCCGCCGCCUACGGCCCCGGUGGCUUCGGAGGCCCUCUGUACCCGUUCCCGCGGACGGUGAACGACUACACGCACGCCCUACUCCGCCACGACCCCCUGGGCAAGCCCUUGCUCUGGAGCCCCUUCCUCCAGCGACCUCUGCACAAAAGGAAAGGCGGUCAAGUGAGGUUCUCCAACGACCAGACCGUCGAGCUGGAGAAGAAGUUCGAGACUCAGAAAUACCUCUCCCCACCCGAGAGAAAGCGUCUGGCCAAGAUGUUACAGCUCAGCGAGAGACAGGUCAAAACCUGGUUUCAGAAUCGCCGAGCUAAAUGGAGAAGACUUAAACAGGAGAAUCCUCAAAGCAACAAAAAGGAUGCGUUGGACAGUUUGGACACUUCCUGUGAGCAGGGCCAACAAGACUUGCCCAGUGAACAGAAUAAAGGUGCCUCUUUGGAUAGUUCGCAGUGUUCACCCUCCCCAGCCUCUCAGGAAGACCCCGACUCGGAGAUCUCAGAGGAUUCUGACCAGGAGGUGGACAUUGAGGGGGAUAAAGGCUACUUUAAUGCUGGAUGACAGUCAUCGGCCACGUUUAGAGACCGGACUUUAGAAUAAUGUUUUGCUACAGACAAACUGGAAAAUUCUGAGAGAGAGAGAGAGAAAGAAAUAUCGGUUCUUGUAGAGUUUUGAAAAUGUUUGGUGCACUGGCUAAUUAACCAACAUGCAUUGCAUUGAGACCUUAACUUUGGUUUAACAUACGGUAUCUAUACCAGUUUUUAAGUUGUUUUGAUAAAGUGACUAAAUGUGACCUCAUUUUUUAAAAAGUGAAUUUGUUUCUAUUUAUGAGAGGUAAUUUGAACUUGUGUCUAAAGCUUAAAUUAUGACUUUAAAGGUUUUAAGUUUUAGGAGGCUGAUCUUGACUGACUUUCCUAAGUCCGUAGCUAUUCCCUCGACUUUAGAGGUGCACUUAGCGGGAGGGGGGGUGGGGGCAACAUUUGGGGAAUCUAUGGAACACUUUGAAAGGGUAUACCCAACUUUUACAUGGCAUCUUACAUUGCUGCCUUAACUCCAAAGCCAUUUCAGAGCACUUGGCUCCUGGUGUCUGUUCUUACAAGCAAGAUAGUUGAUAAGAUUCCUAAAAUCUUGUUUUGCUCAGCCAGUGCCUCUGACCCUGGUGUUAAGAGAUGAUGCAGUCCCUACAGGCAGGGAAACUGACUCAUUUGAGAUUGAUCUCACACGAACUAGAAAUAGCAGGACAAUUAAAUGUAAGUAGAUGGUAGAUAGUGUGUUUUAUAGAAACUGUGUCUAUAACAUGUAUAUAGCAUUACUUCUUGUAAAAACUCUGCCAAAAUGAUGUUUGUUUGUUUGGUUGGUUUUUUUUGUAAUUUAAUGAAUUAACUUUCAUAUACAUUCAUCAUCAGAUGAA